AUGAGCUUGAAGAAGAAACCAGCGACGAGGACACGCGUCAACACUGGUGACUGCGUUGCCAUCAAAAUCCUCGACUGCAACCAAGUCCUCCGUCACAAGAUGGUUGACCAUCUAAAAAGAGAAAUUUCGACAAUGAAGCUGAUCAAGCAUCCAAAUGUUGUUAAACUUUUUGAGGUUAUGGCAAGCAAAUCAAAGAUCUACAUCGUUCUUGAAUUUGUUGGUGGUGGCGAGCUCUUUGACCAAAUAGCCAAGCAUAGGAGACUUAAAAAGGAUGAGGCCAGCAGAUAUUUCCAACAGCUCAUUAAUGCUGUGGAUUACUGCCACAGUAGAGGCGUGUACCACAGAGAUUUGAAGCCUGAAAAUCUUCUUCUAGACUCAUAUGGUGUCCUUAAAGUUUCAGAUUUUGGAUUGAGUGCGAUCUCACAGCAAGUACGGGAGGAUGGGCUGCUUCAUACUACCUGCGGUACCCCCAAUUAUGUUGCUCCCGAGGUGCUAAAUGAUAAAGGUUAUGAUGGUACAUCGUUUGAUAUUUGGUCUUGUGGGGUCAUUCUCUUUGUUCUUAUGGCUGGGUACUUGCCUUUUGAUGAACCAAAUCUCGCUGUUUUGUAUAGAAAAAUUUGCAAGGCUGACUUCACAUUCCCAUCAUAUUUUUCAACUGGUGCAAAGAAACUGAUAAAGCGUAUUCUUGAUCCAAACCCUCUUACACGGAUAACAAUUCCUGAAAUCUUGGAAGAUGAAUGGUUUAAGAAAGGGUACAAGGCAGCAUACUCUGAGGAGCAGCAGAAUGUAAAUCUUGAUGAUGUAGAUGCUGUAUUCAAUGACUCAGAGGAACAUCUUGUUACAGAAAGAAAGGAGAGACCUGUAUCCAUGAAUGCCUUUGAGCUUAUAUCUAUGUCCUGGGGUUUUAGUCUUGAAAAUUUGUUUGAGAAGCAGACAGGUCUUGUGAAGCGAGAAACCCGUUUCACUUCCCAGCAUCCUGCAAAUGAAAUCAUGUCUAAAAUUGAGGAAGCUGCAAAGCCUCUUGGCUUUAAUGUUCACAAGAGAAACUACAAGGUAAUAAUUCUCACAUUAGACAUAAUUCCAGAUGGGCACCUCGCUGUUGCAACUGAGGUGUUUGAGGUAGCUCCUUCCUUGCACAUGGUAGAGCUUCGAAAAACUGGCGGCGACACAUUGGAGUUUCACAAGUUCUACAAAAGUUUCUCGUCUGGAUUAAAAGACAUAAUGUGGACCAGUGAAGAAUAUACUGAUGGCCUGAAGUAG